AUGUACCACUUCAGCCUCGUGCGUCUGGCCAGCCUCGAAAGCCUGGCCUGCAUGUUGAGGCAUGGCUGUUGCGUUGCACUCUAUGAUUGGCCGACGGAGCGAACAGCUAGCCGACCCUUCGUAGUCCUCCAAACCGGCUCAUGCAACCCACGACAUCCCAUUCCUCUACGGCAUUCAUCACAUACCACGAAUGACGAAGUUCCUAUCUCGUCCUUCUUCUCCCCGUUUGUCUUCGAACACGAGCUCAAUCCGGUCAUUCAUCAACCCUACCUCUCUCCCUCGCCGCCGGACGGUGCAUCAAGGGCUAGGGUUAGUGUGUUGCACACUUCGACAAUUGCAGCCGCAGCAACACCUGAAUCAACGCCUUCUACCCCAGUUUCGGUUAGCAACGCAAGCAUCUUAUCAGAUAGCCUAGACACGCCAGCAUCCGAAAGUUCAACUGACCUUCCGCUCACCACGGCGGGCGAUGACUCAAGAACAUCUACCCAGCAGUCAAUAGUCGCAGCCACGGGCUUUUUCAAGUGCGUAGUGUGUGAAGACGCAUUUUCUCACCAGUACGAACUGAACAAGCACAAAUUCCGCAAACAUGAGCGACGCUUUCAGUGCUCCAUCUCGGGCUGCGGUCAAUCAGCCUUUAGUCUAAAGGCUGAUCUAAAGCGUCAUAUACGAACGGUCCAUUCUUCAAAGGAAUACCCGCUUGCAAUUAACUGCUACUUUCAAGGCUGUCCAAAGGAGUUUUCAAGGAAGGAUAACAUGAUGCGACAUGUUCGGAGGGAGAAUAUGACAGGCUAACGAGGAGGAUCCCAGAUUGGUCUAAAUUACCCAGGUGUCAAUGUGGUACAGCUAGGAGUCUUGUUCUUCGAGUCUUACAAAAUACGCUUUGGUCUCUCCAGUCUGUGACAAUGAUAGAUGCAGUGAGAAGUGGCACUACUAAUCAAACCAAGGGGAAAUAGACAAUUGAUUAGGAAAAUUACAACUGGACAGAUCAGAUUCUAUGUGGUGGAGAUAGUAUAUCACAAGUAACAUAUGGUUGGCGGUAAAGGUGCAGUCGGG